GGCGCCCGCACUCACAGAGUCCCCGCUGCUCCACACUCGCCAUGUGUCCUGGGGCACUGUGGCCGCUGCUUUGGGGAGCCCUGGUCUGGGCAGUGGGAUCCGUGGGUGCCGUGAUGGGCUCGGGGGAUUCCGCGCCCGGUGGUGUGUGCUGGCUGCAGCAGGACAGAGAGGCCACCUGCAGCCUGGUGUUGAAGACAGAUGUCAGUCGGGAGGAGUGUUGCUCCUCCAGCAACAUCAAUACAGCCUGGUCCAACUUCACUCACCCGGGCAAUAAAAUCAGCCUGCUGGGCUUCCUGGGCCUGGUGCACUGCCUGCCCUGCAAAGAUUCCUGCGACGGCGUGGAGUGUGGACCCGGCAAGGCGUGCCGCAUGGUGGGGGGCCGUCCACACUGCGAGUGCGCACCCGACUGCGAGGGGCUUCCCACGGGCUUACAGGUCUGCGGCUCUGAUGGCGCCACCUACCGGGACGAGUGCGAGUUGCGCGUGGCGCGCUGCCGUGGACACCCGGACCUACGCAUCAUGUACAGAGGCCGCUGCCAAAGACCUGACCCGCCCUCUCUCGGGCCCACAGAGUCCUGCGCUCACGUAGUGUGCCCACGCCCCCAGUCGUGCCUUGUGGACCAGACCGGCAGCGCUCAUUGUGUGGUGUGUCGUUCUGCCCCCUGCCCGGUGCCUUCCAGCCCCGGCCAGGAACUCUGUGGCAACAACAACGUUACCUACAUCUCCUCGUGUCACCUGCGCCAGGCCACCUGCUUCCUGGGUCGCUCCAUUGGAGUUCGCCACCCGGGCAUCUGCACAGGUGCCCCCAAAGUACCACCAGAGGAGGAGGAGAACUUCCUGUGAGCUGCAGCAGCUGGGCCUGGUAUUUGAGGCCGUCCCAAUUAUUUAUUGUCACAGAAAAGAUUCUAAUUUAUGUCACAUGGACAUUCCCCAAACCUGGCCUGAAAGCACUUGGGGUCCCCUAGGAUCCUGAGCAUGUAUCACAAGGACUGAAGGGAGGUUUUAUAAGAGUUGGUAUGUGCCAUCACCAGGUACAAGGAUCAAGUUAGGAUUCCAAGGAGGGCAGCUUCACAGAGACCCCUGCUUGAUCUCUCUGCCUGCUUUCCAGACUGGAGCUGAGUCUCAGGGCACGGUCAGUGGUAGUGUAGUGUGUCCGCCACAACUACUGUUCACACAGGGCCUCUCGGCCUCAGCCCAGAGAAACACUGGGUUCUUCCCUAUCCGUUCCACCAGGCCGUGACUGACUGGCAGGCCCAGGGUAGCCAGUGGAUGCCAGGACUCACUGUGCCCAGAGCGCUCCAGAGUCACUCUAGUGCCUAUUGCCCUGUUCUGGAGACACCAGAAUCAGCUUCUACCCAGUGCCCACCCAGCCCUACCCAUCAGUCAGGUGCUGCCUGGGGCAUGACCCUUCCCUCUGACAGCUGCACUCAGAAUUACCCACAUGUGCCUUGAAGGAGACCACGAAGAAUGGGGGCUGUAGCUCAGUGGCUAGAGUGCUUCCCAGCUCCCACAUGUAAAACAGACAUGGGCGUGAUCAGGGGUACAGGCUCAGCCUUGACUGCACAGUGAGUUUAAGGCCAGACUGAAACCUUAUAUCUCUAAAAAACUUAAAAGGGGUCGGGUGGUUUAGGGCCAUAUUAUACAGGCCCAUAUUUUUACAUGUCUUUAUUUUUUUAUUUUUUUGAUUUUUCGAGACAGGGUUUCUCUGUAGUUUUUGG